AAAGCUUGUGUAAAGUGUGCAUUUCGAUAGGAGAUCAAAAAAAAAAAAAAAAGCAGAUGUAAUAAUAGAACGUCUGGAGUUGCCUGAUCUAUCUCUUCUUUCUUUAUUCUGCUUGCGCACUUGUCUGCCCUUGCAAACGUACUCAAGCUAUGUAUCAAAGACUUGCUAAGCUUACUGCUGCGACAGUUAAGCCUGCCCACGUCCAAAUUUUGAAACGUUCCUAUGCUGUUUCCAGCAGCUUAAUAAAGCCCAUCAAAGAGUUGACGCAUUUGGAUUCCAACGUACCUGAAGCGACUAGAAAUCAAAUCGAAGAAUUCAAUAACUACACUAUCCCUACAUAUGCUCGUCCGGAAUUUGUCAUCAGUCAUGGUAAAGGAUGCUACGUCUUCGACAGUAAUCAGCGUAAAUAUCUUGACUUCACAGCCGGUAUAGCUGUCACUGCUUUGGGUCAUGCUGACCCUCAAGUUGCUGAGGUCAUCUACAACCAAGCCAAAAAGUUAGUUCAUAUCAGCAACCUUUAUCACAAUGAAAAUGCAGGUGCAUUAGCCAAGAAAUUAGUUGAUAUCACUCAUGCUUCUCCGGGUGGACAAUGGGCUAGUAAAUUAUUCUUGGCUAAUUCAGGAACAGAAGCCAACGAGGGUGCAUUAAAAUUCGCUCGUAAAUGGGGUAAACAGUUCGCUAAUGGCGAUCAAAAGACAGAAAUUGUGUGCUUUACUCAUUCUUUUCAUGGCCGGUCCAUGGGUGCUCUCUCUGUGACGAGUAAUUAUAAAUACCAGAAACCUUUCGAGCCUCUCAUUCCAAACAUAAAGACGAGUGAAUUCAACGAUCUACAAUCAGCUCUCGAUUGUAUCAACGAGAACACAUGUGGUGUGAUCAUUGAACCUAUACAAGGCGAAGGUGGAGUUCAUCCAGCUACCGACAAGUUUUUAAAAGCUAUUCGUCAGCGUUGUGAUGAAACAGAUGCUCUAUUAAUUUUUGAUGAAAUUCAAUGUGGGUUGAGCCGUACUGGAAAAUUAUGGGGUCACCAACAUGUAUCAGGAUGCACGCCUGAUAUCUUGACCUUGGCCAAGCCAUUGGCAAAUGGUAUUCCCAUCGGCGCUAUUAUGACUAACAAAAAAGUGGGAGACUUCAUUAAGACAGGUGAACAUGGUACUACUUUUGGCGGUAAUCCAUUGGCCUCAGCCGUUGCCUUACAUGUUCUCGAACGUAUUACUACUCCUGACUUUAUCAAUUCUGUCAAUGAACAUGGCGAAUAUAUUAAAGACUUGCUGAAUCAAUUGAAGGAAAUAUACCCUGACACCAUCAAAGAGGUUCGUGGAAAAGGUCUCUUAAUUGGCGUAGAGUUCAAUAAAGAUCCUUCACCCAUUGUUAAGAUGGCACGAGAACGUGGCUUAUUGAUUGUCACUGCCGGUUGUAAUACAGUACGUAUUAUACCACCUUUGAAUAUCGGUAAAGAAGAGAUUAUAGAAGGUGUUAACAAGUUUGCUGGUGCUUUGGAGCAAUUUCGUUCAAUUUGAUUUUAACCGUUUGCAUCUUUAUACUUUUUUCUAUUAUGACUGUAAUGCGAAUAAAAGCUAACAUCUGUAUCAACUUGUACGAGUAUGCUUGCUU